AUGCUGGUAGAGGAUGAAGUUGAACUUGCGCAAUUGGUGCGGGAUUAUCUAGAAGCAGCGGGCUUUGAAGUCAGUAUGUUUCAUGAUGGUCAAGAAGCUUAUGACAGCUUCCUGCAACGCAAGCCAAGUUUAAUGGUGUUGGAUUUGAUGGUUCCGCGUAUGGAUGGUUUGACCAUUUGCCGUAAAGUGCGUGAGCAAACCGACUUACCGAUUAUCAUGGUGACUGCACGAACUGAAGAAAUCGAUCGUGUCUUGGGUUUAAAUAUGGGAGCAGAUGACUAUGUCUGUAAACCUUUUAGCCCAAAAGAGUUGGUGGCACGUGUACAAGCGGUAUUACGCCGUUUAGAACGUAAAGCUGAACCUGAAGCCAAUGACUUAUUUCGUAUUGAUAAAGCACAACAACGUAUCUGGUAUCAACAAAAAUCGUUGAAUUUAACGCCAACUGAAUUCCGUCUUUUAGAGCUUUUCCUCGAACAUUUGGGACAAGUCUAUUCUAGAGCGCAACUUUUAGACCAUAUUAACCCAGAUAGUUUUGAUGUUGCUGACCGUGUUAUUGAUAGUCAUAUCAAGAACUUACGUCGUAAAAUAUCUGAAGCAGCGGAAACCGGAAAUCGUCAUGAAUGGGUACAAGCUGUUUAUGGCGUAGGCUACCGUUUUGAAUAUCCAGAAGAUUAA